GGCUUGACGGAUACGCUGAUAUAGUAGGAUCUUGACUGGCUGCUUUGGCGAAGACGGGUGUCAGCUAUGAAUAGAAGAUCAAAGAAAAUGGAUCCAGCUGGUACAGUAGCUCACGACGCGCAAUUUCGUGGCUCAUCCAUGAUUUAAACUCAACAUUAUGGUCAUCCGGAGGCGCAAAACGGCUGGUUUGCUUGCAUUCAGGCGACCGCUCACCCACCAAGCCGCUGGUAAUCUAUUUCCCACAGCUUAUGUUUGCUAUUCCUGCAACGCAAGGGCUAUUUCUCGUUAGAAAAAAAAUAAAACCGAGCCAAGUAUCCGCAUGUCAGCUGUUUGUUUGCGAGGUUCACGGACGUAAGGUAGCGAUUCGCCGGAAUGGCAUCGGCGCUGAGCUGCUUCAGCGGUCCCGAGGAGCUGGAGGACGUCAAUCACGCUCGGGGUUUGAUCAGUGAGCUCAAGCUGCUGUAUGACUCUCGCCUCCUCGGGGAUGUCACCAUCGGAGUGGAGGGCGAUGAGUCUAUGCAUCACAGCGCCGAGGCGGCCGCGGGUCACAUCGACAAACUUUUCCUGUGCAACCGCAACAUCCUCGCCGCCGCCAGCCCGUACUUCAAAAGCAUGUUCACCGGAGGCUUGAAUGAAAGCAUGCAGGAGAGGGUGAUCAUCCGCGGGGUUGACGCCGAGUCCAUGUCUGUCAUCAUUGAUUACUGCUACACUGGCAAAGUUACCAUCACGGAGGGCAACGUGCAGAGGCUGUAUGCGGCUGCCAACAUGCUGCAGCUCGAGUACAUCAGGCAGGCGUGCUCCAGCUUCAUGACCAGGAGGCUGGACCACUCCAACUGUGUGGGGAUCCUGAAAUUUGCAGACACAUAUGACAACCCUGAGCUGAAGGGGAACGCGCAAGCAUUCAUCGCCAGGAACUUUUGCCAGCUGUGUAAUGGCAAGGAGCUCUGUGAGCUGGACCUGAUGCAGCUAAAGGAGCUGCUGUCUCUGGACACGUUGGAUGUGGACUGUGAGAGGAAGGUGUGCUCAGCUGCUCUACAGUGGAUAGAGGCGAACGCGCCGGAGGACACCGAGGAUGCGCUGCAGGUGCUGAGGUGUGUGCGCUGGAAUCUGUUCACUGAGAAGGAUAAGGCAUACCUGGAGGGCCUCAUGGCGAGACCUGUCGUUGAGAAGUACCUGGCAUGUUUCUUUGAGAAGUCUGCGGAGGAGAGCUGUGGAAUGCCUGCAAAAGCGGACGUACCAAAACACAGAAUCGGAGUGAGUGCAAAAGAGAUGAUCCUCUUCUUUGGCCUGCCCAAUGACAACAUCAUGUGCUGCGACCCGUACUCCGAGGACCUCUACUUCAUGGCUCCCCCUCUUGUCGACCUCAGCUGUCAGGAUUACAAGCGCCCCACCAUGGAGUCCUUAAUCGCCUGCGCCACGCCGGAAAACAACCUGUAUCUCGCCUCUCACCUCUCAAAGCAUUUCUGGCUGUACAACCCCGUGCUGAACCGCUGGCAGGAGCUCGCCGAGAGACCGCUGGGGAGGAUACACUCUGGGAUGGGUUACCUCAACGGCCACGUGUACCUCCUGGGUGGAAGGAACCCUGUGACGGACGCCAGGCUGAAGGAGGUGGAGUGUUACAGCGUCCAGAGGAACCAGUGGACAUUUGUGGCUCCUCUGCCUCACUCUCUGGGCAAGAUGCAGGUGGUGGCGCUGAACAACCACCUGUACGUGGUGAACAAAAGGAGGAUGCUCUGCUACGAUCCCAAGAGGAACCGCUGGCGCCACUGCGGGUCGCUGAAAAGAGACAAGCUCCACAAGGCCUGCGUGUUCCAGGACCAGAUCAUAUGUGUGUGUGACAUCCCCGUGGUGAAGGCCUACAGCCCCACCCGAGGGGAAUGGAGGAGGAUGGGUGACAUUCCCAUUGACAGUCGCGCUCUGAACUACCAGGUGAUUCAGCACAACAACAAGCUGCUGCUCCUCACCCAGACCUUACUGCAGCACAACAAGAACAGGGUCCUCAUCCAUGAAUACGACCCGGCCAGGAACAACUGGAAGAACGUCAUGGCGGUGUACGUGUCCUCCCUGGGGCCCGUGUGUGUUUCAACGCGCGUGUACCCGGCGUGCCUGGGCUCCGCUCACAGCUUCUCCACAGAGGAGGACGACGACAGCGGCUCCAGCGCUGACUGGGACUUUGAUGGGUUGACGGACGCAGACUCAGACUCUGGGAGCUCCAGCUCAUUCUCGGAUGAGAACUGGUAGCCUGCACUGUUACAGAUGUGUAAAAGGAAAGUUUACCUUAUUUAUGGUUUAAUGAAGUUUCAUGGAAUUCCGUCGUCAGGGUUGUUACAUGAGAAUUUUUGGUAGUUGAUAACAAAACCAGUGAAUUUCCACGAUUCUCAAUACCUGAUUUCAUAACACAGCAAAAACAAAAAUCCUAUUCAGCACACACUCCUCAAUUUAAAAACAUAAAAGAUUAAAAAUAAACACAAAUGUUAUGUUUCUCAAGUAUUUAAGCAUAUAGGUGACAUGAAAAUAAGAACACUGAGUUACAAGUGCAACGUUGGCUUGUAUCCUUCAAAUAGAAAACAAAACCGCCCAACAAGAAUCCUGAUUUCAAAUUAGAGGAACUUUAUGAAAUUAUUAUAUUAUAUUAUAUGAUUUACAGUGCUGUAAGCAUGACUGACAUUCUAAGUGUUUCAGUAUUUAAAUAUAGAGGCCAAGGCUACGGUAGAAUAACAACACUGAGUUGCAAAGUGAGGAAUCUAGCUGUGUCAGGACCACUGAUACUAAAAACUAAUGUUGGUUCAGUAUUUUGAUAUUGACCAGGAACCUCAGUAAGCAUCUCUAUUCUGUAUGCAGUGCUGGAUUCAAGUCAGUAUUAUAAUAUUAAAUUUACAGCAGAUGGCGAAAUCAGUCAGAAGCUGAUAUCUUUACUUCAUGUCUCCCCUCAUCACUUUGGUCAGUGAUCUUUGACGUAAGAGUUGAGGGAAAUUAAUAGAGCCACUAAUGUUUAUUUUUCACGUCAGCUUCUUUCACGCACUGAUGGGAAACUGCAAGACAUGAGGGUAGGAGAUACGUUUAAGUCCAUUAUUAUUCUGUCCCGCUGCCAUAGCACAUGGUAUGUAGGGCGUCGUGUCGUCAGGGUGACGUUUGUGAGUCUGCAUGUCUGUGUGUAAACGCCUUCUUGUGAACACAGUUACUCAAGAACAAUACAGGACAGAAACUGCAUUCUCACAGUGCAGGUUCAUCUUGGAGAGCAGAUGAUCUGAUUAGAUUUUCGUGUAGGCCUACCUUGCUGCAUACAUUUCCAUAUUACUGAGGAAAAACUGAUUUCCUCAAAUCUACUGUAACCCACUGAAGGUGCAGAGAUCAUAUGUGAAGACAAGUAUGUCGACGUAGAAAUAUUUUCUAAUUAUUGCAUUAAUUAGCUCAAGUAAUGACUUCAUUGGACUAACUGGCUCUGUUUUAAUACAUGAUGACUAAGGCGGGACAUUAGGCAGCUCAAGUGCCUCUUGUUUAUAUCGAAAAACACAAGUGGUCAUUUAUAUAAUUGCAGGGGCUAUACAAAUGUCUUUUUUUUUUUUUUUUGUAUUAUUGUUGAUACAGCUGUCACACACAGCUAGUGUUGUGAAACCUACUGUAUGAAAUGUAGAGGCCAAUGUACUGUAUGCUGACUCAGGUUAGGCUUCGACAAAAGCCUGUAUGCCAUGACUGAAAUGUUUUAUUUUGAGAAGACAUACAGCUAGGUUGAUUUUUUUUAUUUUAUUUUAUUUUUUAAUUACAUGCUUAAAGAUAAUCAGUGAAAGUGGUACUUCGCUCACGCUUGUAUGGAAUUAAUUUUAUUGUGUGCAUUAAUUAAUUUUCUCUUUUUUUUUUUUUUUUUUUUUUUUUAAACAUUUAUAUCACAUUCAGGAAAAUGUGUAAGAGUUUUUGCAAAGUAUUGUUGGUCCUAAUGAGCCAGGCAUAGGUGGUGAGCAGGGCUGCAUGUAAUAAAAGUGUAAUUGCAAUGCUAUUUGUCCAUCAAGCGUUCACCUAUGCACACCCAGACAUACAGAGUGGUCGCUGCUUUCCAGCUCUGUGGUGGAUUUUACAUGAUGGUUGGUAAAAUGUUACAGUAUUACAUGUUGGUGUGUGUGUGUGUGUUGUGUGAGUGUGGGAGGAUGGGAAUAACUGGAUUACAGCAGUUUAUUUUAUUUUUUGUGGAGGGUGUAAUUAUGCUGAUGCACGCUUCAGUCUUAAAAAAACAAACAAACAAAAAAAAAAACAACUGGGCUACAGUAAGGUUUUGAUUAUAGCGCUGUUUUGUAUAUGUGUCAAAUAAAACACAUCCCAAAUGUCUGAUGCAAA